GCUAGGUCUGAUAGGCAACCACCACUUCUCUCUUUAAAAACCUGAGCUUUGCCCAUACCUCUAUCUUGUCCAGGGACUCAAGAGAUCAGGAGGCAAUUACAAGGGUGGAAGAAAAAUCUAGCCUUAACAUACCAGGUGACAACUUAACCCCUCUGAUGGAUAGCAGCAGCGGCAGCCAGGACAAGAAAUCCAAAGGCAAUGAUCGCCGUGAAGCAAAAGAAGCUAAUGGCACUGCACAGCAUUUUGUUGAUUUCACGGAAGCAGAGGAAGAUCUUGUUUCCAGAAUGCACAGGCUUGUGGGGAACAGGUGGGAGAUUAUAGCAGGGAGAAUCCCAGGAAGGACAGCAGAAGAGGUAGAGAUGUUCUGGUCCAAAAAACACCAGGAAAGAUGAAAUCGAGGCCCUAGAUUUAUAUCGACAAUAUAUGCAAGUAUGUGCUGAUAAAUAAUCAAAACUGGCAAAAUUGAAGAAAGCCAAACAGUAUUAUUAUGGCAGCUCCAACAGUGAUAGUUCAACUAGCUCAUACAGAUUCACCUCAGCUGAAGAGCUGUCUUAUUUCCCAGCCAGGCUCGAUCAAACUACAAGGCUAUUGUUGGAGCCCACAGUGAGGUGUAGAUGAGAGGAAAGAAAUGAUAUGGGAUCCAUUAUAAGAUGUUUAUAGUUAAAUUAUCGGAAAGCUUGUCUUAUGUACUAUUCUUUAAAUGAUGUAGCAAAAUAUGAGCUAGUUUGCUAGCUCAAUCCUGGGUGAUGCCCUUAGUUUGCACAAGGAGUGCUGUGGAUUUGGCAUUAUCAAGUGAGUGAGAAGAGUUGCUGGUUUUCAGUUUGUGUA